AUGGUGGUGGCCAUGGAUGAGGGAUCUCGUCCCAUCGAUUACGACGUCCAGCGAGAUCAGGGUGAAGCACCGUUCACAUCUCCAGAGGGGUCACAGGCUCUUCCUCCUGACCAGGGGCCACAGCCUGGGGAUAAGCUCCUCCAAGAGUUGGGGAGGCUGCACAUGGAACGAGAAACUUGUAGACCCCAAGACUGGAAGGAGCUGGAGGCCGCCCAUGCCCAAGAAACUCAAGAGUUCUUUGAAUCAGAGGGACGAGGGGCCACUGAACUUGAACCUCAUCUCCCACAGGAUUUAGAGAGGCAAAGAAAGCAGUCCCACCAGCUGCCACUGGUAGAACAGAAGAUAUCUCCUCUGCCAGGGCAAGAGAAGGAGAAUCAAGAAUCCCCAGAGAUGUUCAACAUGGAGUCUGGAAGCAGGGGCUCACCAAAACUGGAGGCACCACAGACAUCCCAGCGGCAAGAAUGCUUGCCAGAAACAUCUCCUGUGGUGCCCAUGGUGAGGGUAUUCCAUCCCCUUAAUUCUCAAGAGUUCAUGGACCCGGCUAUCUUUUGUCCCCAGGAAUCCUCAGAAAUUGAGUGGGAGCCUCUUGAAGAUAAAGAGAUACAGAUGGAUUUGGGACACUCAGAACUCCAGGAACAUCUCCCUGGGACCUUGCAGUGGAAGUCAAAAUCUCUUGACCCCCGGAAGUUGUCCAGGACGUGGGGCCAGAGGGGAACAGAUGGCCUACAUGCUCAACAUGAGGAGCAUAGAGAGCUGAUACAGGAGACCACUGAGACCAAGAAACCCCCCGUGGUGACUGCAUUUUCUCCACCCAGCCCUGGAAGACACAAAGAGGAGAUCGCGUGGGAGCCGGCAGCUCUCCGUGUGGGCAUGUCCAGAGAGAACUCCAGCUGCGAGGUCCCAUCUAGGAGACCUUCUGAGCAGUCCUGGCAGGCCCAAGAUGAGGACGUGCCCACAGAAGGGGCUCCGGAGCCCACCCAGCCAGAGGGUCAGGAGGAGCCCAGGGCCCGGCCGUUGCCGUCCCCUCGGCCGCCGCGCCGGGAGAAAGCCUUCAUCUGGCUCUCUCGGCAGGAGCAAGAGGAGGCGCUGAAGCAGCUGGCAGAACUUCGGGCCGAGGGAGAGCUCCGGCACCGACGCGAUAAGGAGCGGCAGUCCCUGCGGUUCCAGGAGAGACUGUCCAUUGCCAAGCAUCGCAAAUCUGAGGAUGACAUUUUGGGAGGCAGCCCGGCAGAGCGGUGGCCAUCCCCCACGGAACACCUGGACCAGGAACACAAUGUGCUUCAAGGAGCUGCUGGAUCCGCUGGUGGCCCCCGGGGAGGAGAGUCCUGAGCCAAGAGAGCCGGGAGGCGACUGAACAGAGAAGACGGCCCCCCCACUUCUACCUGCCCCCUUCCAGAUCUGGACCUAGCUGGAGCGUCUCAAGCCCUGGAUCUGAAACUCAGUUCAGACUCUGUAACACUUGGUCCAAAAGUCUUUGUUGGCAGACAGCGCAGGCAAGAAGCUCAAAGCCGAUUCUGAAAUGGUCUUUGUCCACUCGCAAUACAUCAACCCAUAGUUUCGCCCUCCCCCCCUCGGUUCCCGUGUUCUAUCCUCGACUACAAAGCAUAGCUGGAAGGAACAUAAUCAUCAUGGACUCAAGGCCAGCCAUGAAGAAGAAGAAGAAGAAGAGUUUGGAUUUA